UAUUUUUCCUUAUUUCUCUUACAAUGGCGUCUGCGGAGAUUAUCGAGGAGCCGCGCUGCUGCAUCUGUACGAGCAAUUGCCCCAAUCCUAUGACCCUGAACUGUGGACAUGGCUUCUGCUGGGAAUGUAUUACUAUUUUUCGGGAUAAACAAGUUACAAAUGAAGGUUACAGCUGUCCUAAGUGCAGAAAGAGAGACGCAAACCAGCCCAGGAUCUUCUGCACUCAAUGUCUGCACACUUCCAAGCUGGCCGUGAAAUCCUGUCUGCUCUGUGAGGCUCAUCUCUGUGAAGAUCACCUGAGAAUACACAACACGUCACCAGAACACGUCCUACUGAAGCCCACCAAUGACCUGAAGAGCAGGAAAUGCCCCAACCAUAACCGGAUCCUGGAGUAUUACUGCAAUGAGGACGACGUUUUUCUCUGUGGGUCGUGCCGGGAUGGUGGCCACCAAGGACACCAGGUGGAGAAGCUGGAAGAGGUCUUCAUGAAGACAGAGCGGAAACUCAGCCAUUUGCAUGAACAAAAAAAAAAGGUAGAAGAAAAUAAAGGGGACAUAACAGGCAAAGUCGAUAGAUUGUUUAGAGACAUGAGGCAACGACUAGAAGACCUGGAGGAGAGAGUCCGCCGCGAGGUCUGCAGGCAGGCAGAGCAGUCCUCAGCCUCUAAUUUAAUCCAGGAGUUGAAGGCCAAGAAGGCCAGGCUAUCAUGUAAGAUGGUUCAGCCUGAGGAGCUGUGUAACACGACCAAUCAAAGAGACGGGGGAUUGCAUGGAAGUACGAAGGUCACAGAUGUGCAGAACGAGACGUGUGAACAGGACGAGUUCCUCAUCUCUAUGAUUUUACACGCAGGUUUAUCAGAUAUAGUGAAAAUGAAGGACGAUCGGUUCCCUGUGCUGAAGCCUACAGGAAUAACCCUGGAUAUAAAUACCGCAGCCAAAGACGUGCAAAUCUCCGAUGACCUGAAAACUGCCGUGUCCACCACAGAUGUGAUUGAGAAGCGCCCAAGACCCAGAGGAAGGUUUCAGACUUGUCGGGUUUUAAGCACCAACACGUUUUCUUCAGGACGUCAUUACUGGGUGGUGGAGACCAGUACAUCAGGGAACUGGGCUGUCGGAAUGUGCUACCCCAGUAUAAGUAAAGUUCAGGGCUGGAUAGGAGAAACCAACAAGUCCUGGGGUCUCAAGAAGCUUUAUGGUUUAUACCACAUACAGCACAACCGUACCUCCCAACAUUUGUCAGACAUGGCUCCCUGUAACAGCUUCGCAGUCUGUCUGGAUUAUGAGGCCGGGCGUCUGUCCUUCUAUGCGUUGUGUGACCCCGUCCGACUCCUUCACACCUUCACCACCACCUUCACCGAGCCCCUCAAUGCCGUGCUUCAGGUGGGAGAGGAAGGGUCACACAGCCAGAUUAAGGUACUCUAGAUUGGUGGUUAUCAACCCUAGGGUCCUGUACGGCAGUGGUCAUCAACUCCUGUCCUCAGGGCCCACUAACAGGCCAGGUUUUAUGUAUUCUGGAGGGGGUUGGGU